AUGUCAAUUAAAGAAGAAAGAUUUAAAGGAUCUUAUGGCAGAAGAGCUUCUAAUUCGCUUAGUGUAGAAGAGCUUGAUGAAUACAAGCGCGAUAUUCCUCCCUCAGCUACAUCGCGACGCCUAUUUAACCCAAAUAAAGAUCCUAUUGUAAUGAUAUCCAAGACAAAGAAAAGCGCUGAAGCUGACGACGAGUUUAUUCCUGCUCGUCGAGCCAAUGUAGGACGCAAACUUUUUAAUUAUGAUGAUAAAACAUUUGAGCGGGAAGAUUUAUUUAAAGUAAAUAUCAAACGGAACGAUAUUAUUGCUCAAGCUUCUGUAGUUAAAUCAAGUUCGCCGAAUAAUAAUCAUACACCCACAAAGAAUGUCAAUGAAUCUAGAAACAAUAAUCUUGAUCAGAUUGAUGGAAAUAUGCGAAAAGAUAGUUCUAAUUCUGAAACUCUUGCCAAAACUAUUAAGUUACUUUCAAAGAAAAUAGCGUCAACGGAAAAAAUUGUUGAAAAAUUCAAUAAAAUUAAUAUUGAUGAAAGUUCUGCAUCAUGUAAAGUAAUUUAUGAUGAACAAUAUUGGCAAGAAAAGAUUGAAGCGCACUUGAG